AUGGAAGUUACUAGUCAAUACUAUUUCAGUGCCCCGACCAGUCCUCACAAUCUCUAUCACUUUUACGAAGGCUUCGCCGGCGACGCUGCUUCCGCCGCCGGCGGCCGGCCGGCGGAAGAAAAGGCUACCGAUGAUGAUAAUGGCGACGACGAUUUUGCAUUCGAUGUGAGGAAGGAAUCGGAAAAGCUUUCCCUGUCUGCCGACGAACUCUUCGACGGCGGCGUGAUUAAGCCCCUCCGGCCAUCUCCGCCGCCAAAACUCCCGCCGGCGGACGGUAACGACGUCGUUAUCGGAGAGACCGCCGGAAACCGGUCAAAGGGGCAGCUGCAGAAGAAAUGGAGGCUGAAAGACUUCUUCCUUUUCCGGAGCGCGUCAGAAGGACGCGCCGCCGCGGGCAAAGAUCGGCUGAAACAGCACUCGUCGACUCUCGGCCGGCGGUCGAGCUUCAGCCGAGUCGAGUCGGCCGGCCGCCCCAUCUCGGCCCAUGAGCUUUAUUACACAGUGAACCGGUCGAUGUCGGAGAAUUUAAGGAAGAAGACAUUCCUGCCGUACAAACAGGGUAUCGUCGGCCGCCUUGCAUUUAAUCCGGCCGUCCAUUCACUCGCCAACGGCUUCGGUUUUCCGCGUCGAUAUAAUUAA